AGUUGUACGUCGAAAUGGAUGUCAAAUCUCACACUUUCGGAAAGCGUUGUCGGUACACUUAUGAGGACGAGGACUACAUUGGCCGGGGUACCUAUGGUAUUGUUUACAAAGCGGCAAUUACAGAUCCCGGAGAUUUAACCGUCCAUGGACCCGCACCCGUGGCAGUCAAAGUCGUCCCGCUACACAAAGAUUCGGAAGUACUGGCCAAUGUUGAAAGCUGGAACAGCUGGAGAAGUCGAAUGGAGUUACUAUUGACUUUACAGUGCGAUCAUCUUAUUUGCUACCACCAAGUCAGUGUUGCUAGAUCAUCAACUUUUGGCGGGGUUUCUGUCAAACUCCUCAUGGAUUAUUAUGAAGAUGGAGACCUAGCGAGUCUCAUCAAAACUAAAGCUGUUGAGGAUCUACAAACAGCCAUUCGCUACGCUUCUGAAAUAGCGGAUGCAGUUAACCAUCUCCACUUGAAGAAUAUUGUGCAUGGCGACAUAAAGCCAGGAAAUAUUCUUAUCCACCGGCUAGGCACCAAUAACAAAUUGUUACUUGGGGAUUUAGAUGACCUGGUGCAGAUGCAGCAAAGUAUGACGUGUUCGGGUGACCUUUCCCAUAUUCGCGGAACUCUUCGAUAUAUGUCGCCUGAAAUGCUGAAGAAAUAUCUUAAUCUUGAGCAUGAGAAAGUAGGCCGAAAGAGUGAUAUAUGGAGCGUGGGAUGUGUUAUACUAGAGAUGAUAGACAGCGCUGUUGGCAAUAUAAAUAAGAGACUGUACCGAACUCCAGACGGAGCACUAAAUGCUGACACGAUUAAAAAAAUCGGUACGCUUCUUUAAUUGUGGAUGGUUAUGCACCAUUUAUAGCGCUUUCCGUGCCUGUGCAGCUGGCGGAGUGUAUUUCUCAGUGUUUAAGCGCUACGACUUCCCGCAGAACCACUUCCAAUGAACUUCUGCAAAGCUUAGUAAAAUUAUGCACUUUUAAUGAACGGCGAAACGAGGCUAUAGAAAACGCUGCCGUCGGGAUUCGUCUUGGACUGGGGAACAGUAGUGUGGUAGUGCACCGGAAUGGCCGAACAGAAACGGUUACUGAGCCACACAGCAAUGAUCCGCUAAUUCCGGCAUAUGUUGCCUUCGACCAGACCGGUAACCAGGAAACAAAAAUAUUAUGCGGUCAAGAAGCAAAGGCUUACCAGGAAGCUGAUCCAGAAAACUGCGUAUAUAACCUAAAUUCUCUCCUCGGGCUACAAAUUGGGGAUAUAGAAGCUAUUAGCCUCAGAGACGACCUGCCUUAUGAAAUCAACGAAGACGGAAGUCUAAGGAUUAGGAUAAAGGAACGCGGAGAAACUGUAUGUUAUUCAGCUGAAGAGAUAACUUCAAUGUUUUUGUUGCAUUUUCGGCGUCUUGUCGAACGCCUACAAACUUCGAACGGGUGCCCAGUGAAAGUCAACACCGUUGUGAUAACCGUUCCGCCAUACUUUACUUCCGUGGAGCGGCGGGCCACAGAAUUAUCUGCAGCUAUGGCGGGGAUGGAGAGAGUGAAGAUCCUUGAUGACUCGCUUGCUGCUGUCUUGCCAUACAUCGAGGAUUUUCCCUAUCAAGAAAGAAAGGUAUUUAUACUAGAUUCCAGUCAACUGUACACUGCUGCAUAUAUUAUGAGUGUCGAUAAGUCCGAAGCUAAGCCGGUACAUGUUACGCUGUUAUCGUCUCAUUACUCAAAAUUUCUACGAAUAAAAGACAUUGAAAAUCGGAUUUCUGGACAUGUGAUCGACAAAUUCAAGAAGAUUGACACAUUCAGUGAGCCUGCCUCCAUAGCGAUCGUACAACACUUGCUGCACGCCUGCAAACAGAUCACUGGGCAUGGUAGUGAGACCAUUGAAAUCCCACCGUGCCUCGUAGAAGGAAAAUGUAUUGCAAUAACAAUAACCCCGUCUAGGCUGGCAACGCUGUGCUCGGAUUUGUUUCGCAGAAUCAUUGUACCAAUCGAGGAAGUACUAGAAGAUGCCGGUUUGACUGCACUUGAUGUUGCGGAUGUCAUCAUAAUAGGAUGCGGGCGGUUCGUUCCACAGCUCACCGAUGUCUUAAUGGAGGUCCUACCACCGGCCCAUAUACAUGCGACCAUUGAUCCAAGGAUCGCCGUUGCGGAAGGAGCUGCGCUGAUGGCAUCAAAUUUGUUGAGUGGAAAUGAGACAAGCAUCGAAAUAAAAGAGUGGUUCGAAUGCCAGUUUAGGGCGCAAGCUACGCAGCGCUUAUUUCGGCUUGUUCUCAAUUCGGCCAGCAUUCAUUUCGACCACCGCUCCUUUCGGCUGCUACGUUUGUACGGCUCUUACCAUUAGGAUUUCUAGGUUUUUCAUAUUUCUUAUGUUUUCUUAUGCUUUCUUAUGUCCUCUUAUGUCUUCUCAAGUUUU